AUAUCCACCAUCGUUUCCUCUGUCAGUCAACGGCGUCUCAGUUAUCGAAAUCCUUCCCCACCGGCACUACUCGCAGAAUGAGAUUCCCUUAAGAUGAUUACUACCCACUAUUGACGGCCGUUGUCCCAUUUUGCCGCCCCUCCAGUCUUUCACACGAUACCUCGUCCUUUGGUUCUUGGGCCACCUUCGAUUUCCUUUCAGUCCUCUCUUUCCUUUUCUACGCUGGUCCUUUGCUAUCACGAAUCGUGCUGCGGCAAGUGCCCUGGCUUUUUGUGGUUCUCAACACGACAACAUGGACGACUUGAACAUACCGAGCGUGAUCCCCGUCGAUGAAUCCUACGGUCGGUUUUCCGGCCUUGAAGAAGAGGAUCGAGACGCCAGCUCGGCAUAUUCGGUAGCAUCGUCAGCAUACAAUUUUCGGAUGGAAAAUGGUCGUCGGUACCAUGACUACCGGGACGGGCACCCCUUUCCUCACGACGAGGUCUCGGAGGAGAACGAAAUGGCCAUGCACGAAAUGUGUCUACUCCUGCUCGAUGACCGAUAUUAUUUGUCGCCUAUCGAUGAAUCUUCUCUCCGCUGCAUCGCCGAUAUAGGAACCGGUCACGGUUUAUGGGCGGAGGGGGUCGCUGAGAAGUAUCCUGAUGCUCAAGUGGUGGGCAUGGACUUGACGCCGCACGCACGGAACGUUCAUCCAAAUUGUUCCUUCAUUCUGGCUGAUGCCACCGAAGAAUGGGUUUUGGAUGACCCAAACAUGAAGUUUGAUCUGGUCCACAUUAGAUCUUUGUUCGGUGGUGUCAGGGAUUGGCCUGCUCUAUACAAGAAUUGCUUCGACAACAUGAGGUCCGGCGGAUGUAUUGAACAAAUGGAGGUGGAGAUCGAUGCUCAGACCGAUGACCCGGAGGUGCUACCAGGAAGCCAGAUCAGGGCCCUGUGCGAAUACACGAGAACACACCUGUCCGCCGCUGCUGGCAGGGAUUUUGAUAUCUCUUUGGGGAUGAAGAAAAUGAUUGAAGAUGCGGGCUUCGUGGAUGUACAAGAAAAGAGACUCAAUCUACCACUUGGGCCAUGGGCGUCAGACCCAAAGCUCAAAGACAUUGGCAGAUUCUACGAGCGCUUCUACAAGACUGGUCUGCAAGGCUGGCUGUUGCAAGUUUGCACGCGGAGACUUGGUUGGACAGUAGACCAGGUCAACGAGGCCUGCAUCAAUGCAUUCCAGGAGAUUAACGCUCGCAAGCAGCAUUGGUAUUAUCCGAUGGUCAUUGUCAUCGGACGGAAACCUUGAACAGGUGCUUUCACGACUCUUGCAUGAAUGAUUACGACCUUAUGCCUGUAUGCAUCGCAUCCCAGCUGCUCGUGCCAGCACAGCAGACCCUGCUGAUACCACGAAAUCUCACGAUCCGUUCACGUUGCUACGAUUUGUAUAAGAGCUUGGGUCCACACGUGUAAGGAGCGCAUGCAACGGCAAACGAGCAUAGGGGGAAUACCAUGGUCACAGGUGAACAGCUAUGCCCGGGCUAGCUUUUUGGCAGCUGCGAAUCUGCCGACCAGUGAGUCUCCGGCCAGGGCUUUUGUGGAUUGAAUGCCUUCCUUUCUCGCAGGGAAGAUGAUCAGAUUCUGCCACCAAGGACCAGACUUGCGGUUGAAUGCACAGCAUGGCAGCCGAAGAUGGAUCCCUGCCGGAAUCCCCCCUGCAGGCGGGUUGGCCAUUUGAUUGGUGCUGGUCAAGGCUCUUUCGCCUCCUGGCAACAGCGCCCAUGUCGACGCAGACUGGGGAAAUGCCCGAAGGGUAGCUAAAGGGAUUUGCAGUAGAGACAGGACUUUUCGGAUCCAGAAGGGGCACACGAAGGCCUGUGUCGGCCUGUCUGCUUGGUCGGAAGGGAUGGGAGGACUGUAUUAGUAGGUGAAGUUCGGCGUCGCGACAGCAUGUCUGACGAGUCAAGGGCACCAGUCCUAGUGAUCACUCUAUGCUUCCCAUUUAUUUUGGACCGAACAGGCAUUCCGGACAGGUUGCUGGUCAUCAUUCGGCGUAGCAGUGUAAUUGCUGCUUAGCGGCUUCCUGCCAUGGGGUUUGUUGAUGCGUCUAUCUACAAGCCAUACUAUUCGUGACAGACAUGAUUGUAAAUAUCAGCAUCAGCUCCUCUGGUGGUACAGUUCUUCAAGUACAUCUUGUGCUACGUCG